CUGGGUGAUAUUUUGGUCAAGAAAGUAGAAACUAUCAUUAAUUACCUCAAAAAGACGGUAGACUAUUAGGACACGUGACUUAAACAUUUCAUACGUGGAGUUUAAUGAUGUUUUUUUCAAGAAUCCCGAUCUCUAAGGAAUCCAUCCGCCAUUGAAAAUGGCGUUGCGCAAUACGACAUUGGCGUCAGUCGACUUGGAAAGACAAGCUGCCAAAAGUAAACCCAACUACCAUCUCAAACCCUCCUCAACUUUCGUCGCAAAAGCGAUGUUUGCUAUUCUGUGUUUCUUCCUUCUGGGUUGCGCUAGAUUCGCCAAGCCCGCAGAUCUCGGCGGCAAUGGCGGCGGCGUCCCGUAUUUCUCGCAGCCCGGCAGCGUUUUCCUGCUGGCGGGGCAGAGCAACAUGGCGGGGCGGGGCGGGGUGGUUAACGACGUGUGGGAUGGGUACGUGCCGCCGGAGUGCCAGCCGAGCGCGACGGUGCUCCGCCUCAGUCCGGGGCUGAUUUGGGAGGCGGCGAAGGAGCCGCUGCACUUGGGGAUAGAUAUUAACAAGACGGUGGGGAUUGGGCCGGGGAUGUCGUUUGCGCAUACGGUGUUGACGAAGGAUCCGGGGCUUGGGGUGAUCGGGCUGGUGCCCUGCGCCGCCGGGGGGACGAAUAUCAGCGAGUGGGGCCGCGGCGGCCACCUCUACACGCGGCUGAUUCGGCGGGGCGAGGCCGCGGCCCGCGGCGGCGCGACGAUUCAGGCGCUACUUUGGUACCAGGGAGAGACUGACACUGUGAAUCUUGAGGAUGCCAAGAAGUAUAGAAGUAGACUCCGGAGAUUCUUCAACCAUGUCCGCACUGAUCUGGAAUUGCCCACUCUUCCUAUCAUUCAGGUGGCUUUGGCAACACAACAAGGACCAUACAUAGAUGAAGUGAGGGAUGCUCAGUUCCAUGUGGAUCUUCCCAAUGUGAAAACCGUGGACGCCAAGGGGCUGCAGGCAGGCCCCGAUUAUCUACACCUCACCACCGCAUCUCAGGUCCAGCUCGGGCAGAUGUUAGGCGACGCCUUCCUGGAGAGAAUGCCUCUCCGCCUCCAAACGAGCAGCGCCUCGAGGAGACACCACAGUUUUGUUUCUGGCUUUCUUUGCAGGCCAUUUAGGUGAGUUGGACAACACAAGAAGCAAUAUAUGUGACUAAGUUAUCUGUCACAAACAAAACUCAAUCUUUUGUCUUGGGGAAUUGGGUGUUUUCCCUUUUGUUGUAUAAUUCUUUCCCCCUUGGCAUCUCACUUAUGGAUAAAGAAGCAUAUUAAUGACAAAUUACUUGAUACA